AUGAAUCCGUAUAAAGGUGUUGAAGAGAAUUCCUUUACAGCUCCUCAUCUUGAUUACGAAGAUAUAGCUACUAAAUUACUAAAGGAUCACUAUUUUUUAACGGCCUUAGAGCUUCAUACAGAGUUAGUCGAAAGUGGAAAAGAGUUACCACAACUGAGAGAAUUCUUCUCUAAUCCAGGCAACUUUGAACAACAUGUUUCCAGACCGUCUGAGAUUGGGUCUAUGCAUCGAACACCCAGUCAGGCCACUUUAGAUUCAUUAGAUACAGCAAGAUACUCGGAAGAUGGUGGAGGCGAUCGUGGAGGCAGCGGUGGUGAUGUUGCUGUGCUGGAAUUUGAACUGCGGAAAGCUAGAGAAACCAUAAAUGCAUUACGUGCUAAUCUUACGCAGUUUGCAGAUGGGGAAUCUGCUUUGGAUAAGACUACGAAAGAAAAUUUCGAUCAAAGAUCUCUGAAACCGCACGAAAAGAGGGCUCUAAAUUUUCUUAUUAAUGAGUAUCUUCUACUACAGAAUUAUAAACUCACUUCCAUUACAUUCUCUGAUGAAAAUCCCGACCAGGAGUUCGAAGAUUGGGAUGAUGUAGGCCUAAAUAUGCCCCGUCCAGCAGGGCUUGUGUCGUUGUUUAGGGGUAGUAAAAGAGCUCUCAAUGUAACAACGACUGAUGCAUUCACGCAAAUUGAACCAAUAGAAAUAACUAAAACAGAUUGGAGAACCGAACAAGCGGAAGAAAAUGUAUGUGUCAGCUGUCAGACUUCAUUAGACAAUGGAACGGAUUGGAACCAUGAGAUAUUAAUUCAAGCAGAAGAAAUCGAGCUCUUGAAACAAAAGGUUAUAGAGUUAGAAACUGAAAAGUUGAACUUUCAAAAAUUGUACGACGCAGCUAUUGUGAGCUUAAAUUCCCUUACAAGCCCUACUUCGGAAAGCAAAGCUCUCGACUUACAAAUACCUAAUGAUAACAUGCUCUCGGUCCAAACAACGGUGCAACAAACUAUAGAUGUCAAGCCUAUAACAUACACAGCGGCAGAAAAUCAUUAUGGAAGUGGAAACUCAACCAACAGCGCAACACCAGAACAGUUUGAAAUGAUUGAAAGUGAAAAGAACCUUGAAAUGAAGAAAGAAGGUUCCAACACUAGCUCCUUCGACCCGGCGAUACUCGGUGACAACAGCGCGAGAGACUCGCCCAUGCGUCGAAGCAGCGUAACCACUUUGGAUGAAACUCUCAGUAUCAAUGAUGCCGGUGAUUGGACACGUGUACAGUAUGAGUACAACAGCAUUGAAAAUAACGCCAAAGAAAUGUGGAUAGAUAGCGGGAUACCGAUCAAUGUCAAGGCACCCAUACUAAACUGGUGCUCUGAAACAUUGAAUUUAAAUGAACCGUUGAACAAUGAUCUCCUGGCAGAGUUGGUCAAUAACGACAAGCCCAUAACAUUACCUGGAUUGUUGUUGCUAGUAGCAGAUACAUUACCGAGGAUGGUGCCGCACAUGCUGGUGCGGGGGCGUGGCGAGGCGGCGGCGCUGCUGGCGGGCGGCGCGGCGCUGCUGCCGGCGGCUGCGGCAGCGCGGCGCGCGCGUCUGCUGCAUACACUACUGACGCUGCUCAAGAAGCCCGACCCCGCCGAUGCGCGCCUCAUAUGCGAAGCUGUCUGCGUCGUAGUGAAGUGGGGAGGAGCGGCAGAUGUUUUGUCCUCUAUAGCAGAGCUCCUUGCGUCCAGAUCAUCCGAACGUAGGAUACUCGCCAGCCAAAUAUGCCUCGCUAUCGCCCCAUACGUUCCUGUAGAAUUGUGCACUUCGCUUCUAUUAAGCCUAGUGUUGCUUAUGUGCGAGUCCAGUGAAGCGGAAAUGCGGAGCCUGGGGCUCAAAUCAGCCUGUCUGAUAUGCGUGGUCGCUGACCACAAAUACGGGCAGCUAGAGAAUCUCUUGUUCAACUUUUUGAAGGAUCCAGUUGAGAAGAAUGUUAAAGAUGCUGUUAAUGUGUUCACACCCGUGUUGGCGAGAAGCGCCUUGCUAUCAGGCAAAUUUUCGUCAGAGAUGUGCAGUCGUAUUAUGACGAAUUUAGUGAAAUCGUGCGCCGACAAUGAGUUGAAAAGCAUAUUGUUAUAUUUAGAUGUGAUAAGGAGCUUAGUUCUGGCGAAGCUCGCCUAUGUGAUUAAUGUACAAAUAGUUAGGGAUGUUACUCUAAAUAACUGUGAUAUGAAGUUUAACUUGCAAGAAGUGCCGUUAAAAUGCGAACAGGAACACUUUAUGGAUGUCCAGUGUUAUAUAAAUGAUAGUGUUGAUGCUAAGAUGUUGUUGGUAGCUAUGAAUAGUUUAAUUCAAGAGAACCCCGAAGUCAGAUGGACAGAGCUUACUUGGUUUAUAAAUUGGAUAAGAAAAUUUUUAGAUACUAUAACUAGCUGUAAAGUUGUGAAUCACCCAAUGGUUUAUGAACUUCUCAUAACUCUAUUUAGCAGCUAUGUAGAUAAUUUUGGGAUUCACUUCACUUCCAAUGUACUGAAACCUAUUUUUACUGAGAUGAUUGCGGAGCUGGAGCAGAAAAUGGAGAAGUUGGAUAUGGUCAACAUAGAGAGCACUGUAGUUAUUGGUGUUUAUUUAGCUACGGUUUUGAUAGCAGUGGAAGAAAAUGUUUCACAAACUGAGUUUUUACAAAAGUGGAUAGUUUAUAGUAGUAUAAGGGGACUUCCAGCAAAGAUCUUCUCUAUGCCUUUGAAGUGGCUGGCAACGCAUAGGCCCGAUACUCUUAACUUCUUCUGGCAGCAUCUUAGAGAAUUUGCGGCAAGCAGUUGUGAGAGCUCCAGCGGCAACAACAUACGAGUAUACAUCGCUAAUCUCCUUACCGAAAUGUUGAACGUCGCUGACGUAACCGAAGCUUGUAUCGAAAAGCAAUUACUACCUGCUGUGGUUGCUUUAUUAUACGACGAUGACGUGUCCGUCCGCGAGGCGGCCAUUACAGCGUGGGGCAGUAUGACGCGUGCAUGUGUAGUUCGUGAUCUGAGGUGCGUGGGUCAGUGCUGGGCGCCCGUAGAGCAAACGCUAUCGAGUGGGCGGGUUCUAGAAGCCCGUGAGCCUGCCCGCCUGGCCGAAGCCUUGGCGCUGCUCCUACUGCCCACCGCCGACAGCCGCCCAGUCUCCGAACAAGCGGUUUCGCUUCUAUGCGCAUUGUGCCAUCACAACGCACUUGGCAUCGAGUGGCUGGCCGCAUUGACCCCGGGUCUGCAACUUGCGGUACAUCACUGUCGUCACCAUCCCGCAUUACUACCCGCACUACGAAAACUGGAAGAAAGCGUACAGUUGCCCCCCCUAUCUCAGUACAAACCCGCCAUAGAAGCAUUACUUCAUGCGCUCGGAACAAAUGUAAACGAGACUCCGCGCGAUCCUUCACCAAAGGCCGCGUCCAACCUCCAAACAGCACAAGAAGUUGGCAGAAGAGUCACGCAGAUGUUCCAACAGUCAAAAAGUAACAUGAACCUACAGAAUAUUUUUAAGAAGAAAUCAUAG